AGCUUUACUCGGAGACCAUGUCCACCUUUAGCCAGUUCUUUCCGCCUAAGCCGACGUUCUCCGUGCGUGAUAUCCCGGACCUCACGGGGAAGGUUAUGAUCGUCACGGGUGGGUACACUGGUAUUGGUAAAGAAACCGUGAAGGCCCUUCUGCCGAGAAAUGCCAAAGUAUAUAUUGCAGGUCGGAGCCUUAAGAAAGCGGAAGAAGCGAUGAAAGAUCUCAGACAGCAGACGGGCAAGGACGCACAUUUUAUCGAGUUGGAUCUGGCGAGUCUGGCCUCAGUGAGAAGGGCUGCUAAGUCUUUUUUGCAGAAGGAAUCGAAGCUGCAUGUGUUAUUUAACAAUGGAGGAGUGAUGCAACCACCGAUCGACCAACUAACCUCCGAUGGCUACGACCUUCAGUUUGGAACCAAUGUCCUUGGUCAUUUUUACUUCACUCGUCUCCUUCUCCCUACUCUCAUGGCUACCUCUACCCCCGCCUCUCCUGCACGUGUCGUAAACACGUCCUCGUACGGGCAUCAGGUACAAAACGAACUUGUCUUCGAGAGCUUCAGGGAUGGAGACGUCAGGAGAAAAAUUGGGAGAGCGGGACUGUAUUAUCAAAGCAAACUCGGGAAUGUAGUAUUUGCCACAGAGUUGGCUAGGAGAUAUGGGGACAAGGGGAUCGUCUCUACGUCUCUGAACCCAGGUAACCUCCACUCGGAACUGCAACGAACUCUCGACUUGGGGACCCUCAUUCUCUCAAAGAUAAUCAGUUAUCCUACCCCCUUGGGAGCUCUAACACAGCUCUACGCGGGUACCAUGCCUGAGGGCGCAAAGUUCAACGGAAAGUACCUGAUCCCUUGGGCGCGUCUUGGGACUGCUACACCCGAGUCUCAGGAUCCGAAGCUUGGGAAGAAGCUGUGGGAAUAUAUGGAAGGAGAGGUGGCGAGAUUCGAGUCGCAGAACAGGGACUGA